AUGGAAAAUAAUGGACUAUUUCCGGUUGAAAUUGGCGAUAAUUAUGAGUUGCCGCUCUCUGAAUUUGGUAUUCCUCGAUGUUAUGAAGAUGAUUUGUCUGCUGUCCUUAUUGAAUAUUCAGUUAUACAAGAUAGAAUACAUGCAAUGGCUGUUGAGAUUGACUCUCGGAUUGGUGAUAAGCCACUAGUUAUGAUUUGCGUGUUGAAAGGUUCUUUUCGAUUUUUCUCUGAUUUAUUACAAAACUUGUCGGAAGCUCGUUCUAACUGUGGGUGGCCUAUUCGAGUUGAAUUUAUUCGUGCACGUAGUUAUAUUGACCAAAAAUCAACUGGAAAUGUUUUUAUUGAAGAAUUAAACAAUUUAUUGUUAGAUGAAAGUCUUAAAGGAGCACAAGUUGUUUUGGUAGAUGAUAUAAUCGACACAGGACUUACAAUUUCGAAAUUAACAGAAAAAUUGAAAGAAAAUGUGGGGCCUGAAGGACGUAUUUGGACUGCAAUUUUAAUAUCAAAAAGAACAACUCUAGUCAAGGAAAAUUCAAUUUUUGGAGAUUUUGUUGGAUUUAGUGUUCCUGACAAAUUUAUUGUUGGAUAUGGAAUGGAUUACAACGAAAUGUUUCGUGAUUUACCACACAUUUGCAUUAUGAGUUCUAAUGGUAUUGAAAAAUAUCGAAAAAGAGGAAAUAGUGAAAAUUAA